AAGAGAAGAAUAGGGUAGAGAGAGAUAUAAGAGUAGAGAGAGACUAAGGACGGACGGACCUUUGCCUUACCCUUAGCUUUUUAGCUUUAGCCAUUAGCAGACGCUCGAUCUAAUUCACUUCUUCCGUCCUUCUUUCUAUUACAUCACAUCUCCCCACCUCGCUCUCUCUGCCUCUCUCUUACUCGGUCGCUCUCUCGUAGGCAAGCUCUCCUCUUUCGGCUUUACUCGAAAUGACUGAGCCCUCUAAAGUUAUCCAUGUUCGCAAUGUCGGGCAUGAAAUUUCUGAGAAUGACCUGCUCCAGUUAUUCCAGCCAUUUGGGGUUAUAACAAAGCUUGUUAUGCUUCGUGCUAAAAAUCAGGCUCUCCUUCAAAUGCAAGAUGUUAAUUCAGCAAUAAGUGCCCUGCAAUUUUAUACAAAUGUGCAGCCAACAAUAAGAGGUAGGAAUGUCUAUGUCCAGUUCUCAUCACAUCAAGAGCUAACUACAAUGGAUCAAAGUACUCAAGGACGAGGAGAUGAGCAGCCAAAUCGAAUUUUGUUAGUGACAAUCCAUCACAUGUUAUAUCCUAUUACAGUGGAUGUGCUACAUCAAGUUUUUUCUCCUUAUGGAUUUGUGGAAAAGAUUGUGACUUUUCAGAAGUCAGCUGGUUUCCAAGCCCUUAUUCAGUACCAAGUACGCCAGAGUGCAGUAUCUGCUAGGACAUCACUUCAGGGCCGUAAUAUAUAUGAUGGCUGUUGUCAGCUUGACAUUCAAUUUUCAAAUUUGGACGAGUUGCAAGUGAACUACAAUAAUGAUCGGUCGAGGGAUUUUACCAACCCAAAUCUACCUUCAGAACAGAAAGGGCGAUCCUCUCAAUCUGGAUAUGGAGAUGUGGGGGGCAUGUAUGACCAUCAAUCCUCUGCUGCUGGUGCAGUUCCGUAUCCUCAGAUGGGGAAUGCCGCUGCAAUUGCUGCUGCCUUUGGUGGAGGAUUGCCUCCUGGUAUUAGCGGAACUAAUGACCGCUGUACUGUACUUGUAUCCAAUUUAAACCCUGAUAGAGUAGAUGAAGACAAGCUUUUCAACCUCUUCUCUCUCUAUGGUAACAUUGUCCGAAUCAAACUUCUCCGCAACAAACCUGACCAUGCACUUGUUCAGAUGGGAGAUGGCUUCCAAGCUGAGCUUGCAGUCCACUUCUUAAAGGGUGCAAUGCUAUUUGGGAAGCGCCUGGAAGUCAACUUCUCGAAGCACCCAAACAUAACUCAGGGUGCAGACACUCAUGAGUACAUUAACUCGAAUCUCAACCGCUUCAACCGCAAUGCUGCAAAGAACUACCGCUACUGUUGCUCUCCGACAAAGAUUCUGCACAUCUCUUCCCUACCUCAGGACAUCGGUGAGGACGAGAUUGUGAGGCACCUGGAAGAACAUGGCCCAAUCAUCAACACCAAGCUAUUUGAGAUGAAUGGAAAGAAGCAGGCCCAUGUCCAGUUCGAGACAGAGGAGGAAGCCACAGAAGCCCUAGUCUGCAAGCAUGCCACCACACUGGCUGGGUCGAUUAUCAGGAUCUCCUUCUCUCAGCUGCAAUCGAUCCGAGAAAGCUCGUGAAGCAAGGGAGAGCAGUCCUACUCAGGGUAAGGGAUUGAAUAUGGACGUUAAUGAUUGUCUCUUAAGCGAAAUUGGGAUCUUUGGCAAAGGAUAGUCAUGUUAAAAUGUGUGCCUUGCUGCUGAUGCAAACCGUUUGUUUUUUCUUCGUGUACUGCUCUUCGCUGGCCUCGCAUGGUAGAUGAUGGUGAUUAUGCUUUGUUUUGAUAAUUUCGAUUGGAUCACCCUAGUGACCUCUUUCUAAGAUAUUAUUGUAGUACUACCUUGCUUCCAAUUAUUUUUGCUCGAUGGUCGGUUGGAUUUCAGCUAUCAUCAUGGCUAACAUGAAGAAAGAGUCGCAGACUAUAGAUUGGAGUUUCUUGAUUUUUGCAGAUAGAAGCUCCGGUUUUCAAUAGUGAGAAAGUAGGGAGGCAGGGAGGGAGAGUUUUAGUUUUGGCCCAAGUUUGAGAUAGAGAGAUGUUUGUAUCAUCUUAUUUGUGUAUAAUUCUUGGUUUACAAGUCAGCUCUUUGUUGAACCCUCCUCUCCUCUCCUCAC